UAAUAAUUCAACACCAUUGUUACCCUCACUUGAAUUGAAACCAACCUCCAUUUCAUCUCUGUGUGUGUUUCACCUUCACUGUGUGAGAGAGAAACCUACACACAAACAGAGUGGGCAGACAGAGGAGAGAGAAACUAAAAAAACACCCAUCAAGAUUCAAUUCAAUUCAAAUUAUAUAUAUAUUAUUAUUUGAGAUCUCACUCUGUCUCUCUGUCCUCAUUAGCAUACAAAUACAUUAUUAGCAUACAACCCCAACUCAACUCAACUCAACUCAGAUUUCCUUAAAUCAAAUCUCAUGUUUUGUUCAUACUAAACCGACAUAAAAAAAACAGGACUACAUGAUGAAAAUUCUUGUUGGGUUUCUUCUAGUUUUGAUUUUCGGUUUCCAAUUGAGUUCCAUUGAUGCAGUUUUUGCACCUCAAUCUUCACCUGCUGCUGCUCCAAUUGCUUCAAUUCCGUCUUCAAUGGCGAGCUUUACUGCAGGAACCGAAUCGACUGUAGCGAAUCACCAAACGAGAACGAGUAGAAAGCUUCUUAUUGGGUUGGUCACAGCUUCUUUGGUUUUGGUGAUCAUAAUAAUGUCCACCAUCUGUUUGUGGAAAUGCCACAGAAGGAAAAUGCACAAAUUGAACACCCCGGGUGCCAAGAGAUCAGAUUCAUUGAGAGGGCUUGCAUUGAGUUCAUUCAUUAGCAGGGAUAGUGGUUCGUUGAAGACAUCGAAGACGGUCAAUGAGAAGGCUUCGGUGGCAGUUAUGGAUUAUAGCUUGUUGGAAUCAGCUACAGGUAACUUUGGGGAAGGUGAAGUGUUAGGUGUGGGUGGGUUUGGAUGCGUGUAUAGAGCUCGAAUCGAUGAGAAUUUGUGUGUUGCUGUCAAGAGAUUGGAUGGUGGUAGCCAAGAUGCUAUCAAAGAGUUUCAGACUGAGAUUGAUCUGUUGAGUAGAAUUCAGCAUCCAAACAUAAUCACUUUGUUGGGAUAUUGUGUUCAUGAUGAUACCAGACUGCUUGUUUAUGAAUUGAUGCAUAAUGGAUCUUUGGAAACUCAAUUACAUGGACCUUCCAGUGGAUCCAAUUUAACAUGGCAUUGCAGGAUGAAGAUUGCUCUAGACACAGCAAGAGGAUUAGAAUACUUGCAUGAGAACUGCAAACCAUCAGUGAUUCAUAGAGAUCUGAAAUCAUCUAAUAUCCUUCUAGAUUCCAGCUUCAAUGCUAAGCUUUCAGAUUUUGGUCUUGCUGUAAUGGAUGGAGCCCAGAACAAAAACAACAUCAAGCUUUCAGGGACAUUGGGUUAUGUAGCUCCAGAGUAUCUAUUAGAUGGAAAACUGACCGACAAAAGUGAUGUAUAUGCAUUUGGAGUUGUACUUUUAGAGCUUCUACUUGGAAGACGGCCUGUGGAAAAACUGGCCGCAUCUCAAUGCCAAUCUAUCGUCACUUGGGCCAUGCCACAACUAACAGACAGAUCAAAGCUCCCAAAUAUUGUCGAUCCUGUAAUCAGAUAUACAAUGGAUCUCAAACACUUGUACCAAGUUGCUGCCGUAGCGGUGCUGUGUGUGCAACCAGAGCCAAGUUACCGGCCAUUAAUAACCGAUGUUUUGCAUUCUCUUAUCCCUCUUGUUCCGGUGGAGCUCGGGGGAACUCUAAAAGUUCCACAAACAAGGUCUUCGGUAACAAAUGACCCGUGAUUUCAUCCAUUAGUAUUGGGUUGAUCAUUAUAAUCUUAAAAAAUUGUACAAAAAGUGUCUUAGAUCCGUUUUAAAUAUGUUUAAUUUUUUGAAUGUUUAAAAUACACGUACUAAUGAAAUUAAUCACUACAUAUGUAAAGGAAUUUAUUAUCGUGCUGA